CCUAGGAUUACCCAGCGUACCCCGCGGGUAAAGAUGGCGAUAGAUGAAGAGGGUAGGAGAUCAACUUUGGCCGGGAACAACUAUACCUGAAUUUCGGUUUUAUAGAGAAUAAACCGUUAGUUAUCGGUUGUGUAAUUGCUUAAUGGUUAGGCACUUAUAUCAUUGUCAUUAUUGAGUCUAGUCUACGCAACGUGAUCGAAUAAUUACAGCGCAUGAGCUUCCUUCCUACCAAACUGCAGACAGCGUCCGUCCUAAGAAGAGCGGAUAAAGUUUAUUACGGAUCUGACUCAGCCCUCUGACACUGAUUUUUUAAAUUUUAUUAUUUGGGGUAACUAUAACAACAGACAUUAAACAGGUUAUCGGUAGCCCAGAGGUUCACAUGCCAAGAAAGCGAGGAGGAGGAGGGGCAGGAAGAGGAGCCAGAGGGGACACACCCAGGGCGAUCAGUCUGGAACACGUAGAAUAUACUCUUAAAGAAUGCCUGUGACUUAAGAACCUGUGGAUGAGGACGUCGCUGGAGUACCUCAGAGUUUGGAGAAUUUGGCAGUACAUCCAACCGGCCUCACAACCUCGGGCCACAUGUAAUCACGCUAGCCCAGGACCUCCAUAUCCGGCUUCUUCGCCUGCUGGAUUGUCUGAGACCAGCCACCAGAACGGACAGCUGAUGAAACUGUGGGUUUGCACAACUGAAGAAUCUCUGCACAAACUGAAUAACCGACCGGACAGACGCUGAGCACCAAGGAUGACGAGCGCUACCCCGGCCAGGAAGCCGUACCGCAAGGCUCCGCCUCAGCACCGCGAGUCGCGCAACAACUUGCCCUCGUUCCUAGAGGACCUUAGUGGGAGCACGCCGCCUGCGCUUGCCAACACCGCUGGUCCCAACCCUCCUGACCCCUGCCAGGACUCCUUAUCAGAUGCAGACAGGAUCAAGAUCCUGCAGCAGCAGAAUGAAGAGCUUCGCCGGCGGCUCUCCCACACCACCCACAAGAUGGAGGCCAUGGAGACGGAGUUUGAGACCAGCCGCCACUACAUGCAGGGGGAGAUGGGUCGCACGCGCGACGACCUGGAGAAGAUGAGAGACAAGUUCCGCAGACUGCAGAACAGCUACACCGCCUCCCAGAGGGCCAACCAGGACCUGGAGGAGAAGCUUCAUUCCCUGCUCCGUAAGGUGGAGAGAGACAAGAAGACCACGGACCAGGAGAUAGUGGAGCUCACCAACAAACUCCUGGACGCCAAGAACACCAUCGACAAGCUGGAGGAGUUGAAUGAGCGCUAUCGGCAAGAUUGCAAUUUGGCCGUGCAGCUUUUGAAGUGCAAUAAGUCCCAUUUCAGGAACCACAAGUUUGCAGAUCUGCCCUAUGAGCUGCAGGACAUGGUGAACAAGCACAUGAAGGCCAGUCUGCCGGAUAAGAGUUCCCAGGGGGCCCAGGGCCAGGACUCCGACACCAUGAGCCUGACGCCUGCCGACGUGGUGCCCACCUCCGUCAUCGCCCGUGUACUGGAGAAGCCUGAGCCUCUGGUGCUCAACUCUGCCCAGUCCAGCAGCAGCGCAGGCCGACCCCAGGCAGAGGACGUGUUUGUGCAUGUGGACAUGACGGGGCCCCAGGCCGAGGCAGGAAGAGGGGGUCGAGAGAAUGGGGGUCCCCGCCACAGCAGCAGAGUCUCAGCCCAAAGCAACCAGGCACAAGAGCUCCUCCAGCAGAACGGAAUGUGUCGGAGCCAGAGCAGCCUGUCAGCAGACGGCCAGCCAGGAGAGGAGGGUGGUGGGGCCUUUGAGAAGCUCAACCCCUACCCAGCCCCCCCUCCGCCCCAUCCCCUCUACCCCGGCCGCAAGGUGAUCGAGUUCUCCUCGGACGACAAGGUGAAGAUCCCCAAGAACAGCCCCCUGCCCAACUGCACCUACGCAACGCGCCAGGCCAUCUCCCUCAGCCUGGUGCAAAAUGACGAGGAGAACGAGCGCCAGCGCACUGUGCCCAACAGCCCCGCUGUGUCGGACGGGGGCUGGCGCUCUGGGGCUUCCUCCUCCUCAGGGGGAGGGGGGCAGCGUGACCCCUGCCGCACACCUACUCAGCUGGAAACAGCAGACCCCAUUUCCAGUCAGUCCAGCCCCUUCAGCAGCCCCCCUCAGCCCCCCAGCGCCUUCGCCAGCUCAGGCAGCUCUGAGGAGGACCUGCUGGCCAACUGGCAGCGCAUGUUUGUGGAGAAGAUGGCACCAUCCUCUGAGGGCACCCUGGUCAACCGCACCUCCUUCAGCAGCGAGACAGUCAAGGACCUGGAGAGGACCCGGACCUGCAAGCCAGGGGGCGAGGGAUCCCACAGGGGGGCACUACUGGGAGCCUACUCGGACGGGGAGGAGGGGUCCUCCACUCGCAGCUGGACAGCUAGCCGAGAGUCCAGCCUGGACACUGACACCAGCAGCAUGGCUGACCUCCGCAACAGGAGGGGACAUUACGGAGCAGACUUCUCCACAGAGGAGAACGAGCAGCUGCUGAGGGCCCUGGACAACGACCAAGACGACGCCAGUGGCGACACCGUGUCAACGGCCAUCACUGUGGAGACCAGCCUGGCGGAGGCCAAGAGGAAUGAGUUUGUGGAGGAGACGGGGUCUGUAGGCAGCUCUGCAGAGGAGAGAGACAUCCUGCCCCAGGACUUACCUGUCAUCGUACCCAGGGUCCUGGCAGGGCUAGAGGACUACACAGAGAACACCCCUCCCCUCCCCGGCAACUCCUCCACUUCCGGCCGACCCCUGAAGAGCCCAAAGAGGAUGGGAGUACACCACUUGCACCGCAAAGACAGCCUGACUCGGGCACAGGAGCAUGGUAACCUGCUGGACUGAGACCUAGGGGACUUUUUCCUCUCACUUCAUAUGUCGUCUGACAGACUAACUCUUCUCUGCGGGCUCUCUAUCUUACCAGCAAGGAAGGAUGAUUCGAGUCGACCAACAUACCUACGUGUCGGUCCUACCUUUGUCCGCGCUGCUGUCUCUCAUGAGUUUAGUCAGGAAAUAUGCACAUUCUCUAAUAACUACAUUCAAGAACUGAUUCUUUGGAGAUCUGUGCAAUGCCUGCCAGUUGAAUGGCAAAGUUCAUAGCGUUUCCUCUCUUGCCACUGUGAGCUGCAAACCUCUCCAGUAGCAGAACAAAGGGUCCUACAGGAGGUUUGUUUUUUUCUCUCUCAAACACUCCGAACUGUUGCCGGAGGAGAAGGGCGACUCCAGGAUAUAGCCAUACCGUGUAAUUUCCUGUGUGUAAACAUCCAGCCAGUGUGUUUUCAUGGAACAGCCGAGAUGGAGCUACGAUUCAGCUCCUCAUUUGAGAUGAUCGUUGAAAUGCAGGACUGGAAAACAGACAAUGUGGAUGGAGUCGUUGCCUUCUCCCUCCUGUGUUCUCUUUUGCCCUGAAUUUGUGUUCCCCCUCCCUAGAGAAAUGUUACGUCAUGCAGGCAUCUGAUGACAUGUGAACCUUUCCUCCAUCGAUGAAUGGGGGAGAGGAUGAGCACUUGCAAGUGCAUGCUGUUGUCUGGGGUGGAUUGUGGACUGGACCCCCACACAGACUCUGUGCCUAUCCCUCUCUGUCUGAGGGGGUUUGUAACCCCCCCCCCAAUGCCUAGAAAUGUUCUGUUCUGAUCCCCCUCUGAAUUUCCUGCAGUGUGCACUGGUUUGUUGAGCACCCACUCUUAAGGGCUCUCUUCUCUGAAAUUGGUCCACCACACAACAACUAGGAAGGUCACCCUUGAUUCCAGAAAUUCUAGGUCUCACUCUAAAGUUUAUUUUCUAGAUAACAAAAAUACAGUAUUCAUAGAUUUUUUUAUUUUAUUUUGUUCACUUUUAUUAUUUCUUCAAUCACUACUUCAUUCAAAUAAUUUACAUUUUGGCCUUUUUUUAUUUUUAAGCGACCAUUUUAUGCCAGAGGUGUUAACUCAACUAUUUCUAGAGAUAUUAUGACAAUGAUAAUCUUGAACAGUCAAUGUAUUUGUGUUCUCUGAGCUAGAGUAACCUACUAGUGGUGUAACGGUACACAUAUUUGUACUGAACCGGUUUGUACGGGGACCUGGGUUCAAUCCGCACUGUGUACCCAAUUGAAUACAUACAUUAAAAAAAUAUAUCUCAAAAUUGCAAUCCAAAUUCUCAUCUUAAUUUGUGCAUUUCAAACCGUCCUUUUAUGAGGCGCAGCCGGGAACUAGUUCUGUAUGGCGAGUGGUAUGGUCGAUAAACCAGGGAGUCUCCAUCGUUUAAAUCUCCAGUUUUGGAAAAUGUUUGCUUCCUAGUAGAUUACAACAGCGAUGGACAGGGAGAGUAUGUCGCCGCUGCUCAACGAGAAGAGCCUAUGCAGCUGCCAACAUCUCAAACAUGACACAUUUAGGCCAACAUCACCCCAGUAUUCCUACCACCGGAGCAAGACAAGAAACACCAAAAAAAAGAACAACUUCGUCUCUCCUCUACAUUCAAGGAACCCUUCACAGCUGAUUCUGACCGGCCAAAGAAACUACAAGAGCGAUGGGUAUGUUUAUAGCCGCGGAUAUGCGCCCAUUUUCAUUGGUUGAGAAAAUUAGGGGUUUCAGCACCUGGUGAAAGUGCUCGAGCAACAUUACGAUCUUCGCCCUCUCGUACUCAUUUCAGCCAACGGGUAGUUAGUACCCGCUCUAUAUAAGCAAGCUAAAAGCCGAAGUUGUCAAUGAAUUGGCCAAUCCCAACCUGUGUUGCGCUUACUACAGAUUGAUGGGCCUCCAGGGCGACAGAGCGCUACUUAUUAAGUGACAGCCCAUCACAUUACCCUGGAGUGGCAAAUGACAAGUAGCGUGCUACAGACAGGCCCCCUUUAUGAGAGUCACACUCAUGUUUUUCUCCUUGUAAGAAAACCUUAUAGCAUAGGCCUAUACAAUGUCUGAGCCAUGUUUACAUAUUGAUUUUACAUGCAUAUUGCACUUUAUUUUAGUGUUGAUGAGUAAUCGUGUGUUUUCAUUUAAGACAAUACAAAGUGAUAUUCCUGAUUGUGCUCUCAUCAGGUGUUAUGAUUCAUGAUCAUAUAUGGAAUUGGGAAUAACAGCACUUUGUAUUUUCUUAAAUAAACAAUUGAUUUCAUUUCCCCACUGUAAAACCGAACCAUGACCCCCAAAACGGCAAUACAUACCAAACCUUGGGUUUGGUGAACCGUUACACCCCUAUAACCUGAAGCUCUGUGUUCAGAGGGCAACUCAUGUCAUUGUUGUGUGUAAAUAUUCUUUCCAGAACUAGAUAUGGAGAUAUAACAUUGGCUCUAUAAUUGAAGAUCAUUUCACUUUUGUUCUGUCAUUGGAUUUUUGUCAUCACUGUAUUUUCAUUUGGAGAAACAAACAGGCCGGUAAUACUAUUGGUAACUCUACUGUACAUGGUGUAUUACAAUGAAAGACUCAUAUGGCAUGAAAGAUGGAGUCAGUAUUUUUCGGGAAGAACCAAGCCAUCCAUCUCCAGGCAUUUUUUUGUGGAUGCGUUUUUCAAGUAUUCAUUGGGUUCUGGGUGAAAGUAAUUCUCCUUGAAGAUGCCUUCAAUUCUCAUUGUGUACCACUUCUGUGGGUAACGUAUUUGUAUCUCAUACAGCUACAGUACAUGUGUCCAGACCAUCUAUGGGACCAGGGAUAAUGAAAGGCAAAAAGGUCUGUAUGGUAUGACAGCUGGUUGAUGAUGAGAUUUGGGGUAAUUGUAGCGUUGACAAUAUCCUAACCAGGAAAGUAUUUUGGAUUUGGUGUAUUACUCUGUCUCCAUUGUGGGGGUUCACUGAGGAUUUCCUACUUGUACCUGGAUCUGAUAAAUGGCUUGCAGUAUGUAACGUUUAUUUUCACUGUAGUUACUUUUUCAUCCACAUGCCUUUUAUAUGGAUCGGGAAUAUUUAUUCAUUCAUCAAGAGAUUAUUAUUUUUGUGAUUUUAUGAUUUUUUUUCUUUCUCAUUUGGUCCAUUUAUAUUCAAUUGACUAAGUGUUCUGCAUUCAGCCAUGUUGAAUUUGUGUUCAUUUUAAUUCCAUUUGUUCAGCAUCAGACACUCAACUAUGUAGCUUUAGUACAUAAGGAUGAUUUACUGAUGGGAGGGGGAGUGAUUUAUUUUUGUUGCCCUUUCUAACAGCUCUUUGAUUGUGUGGUUAUGAAGUCUACGAUACAGUCCUGCUGUUUUAUUGGUCCUAGAUUGACCGCUCACAGUGGGAGCUCUGCAGUUGCAUCCGUUAUAAGGCAGUAAUCCAGGAUACAGUUGCACGCCUGGUGCGGUGUUUCUCAACCCUCAGACAUGCUCGUGUCCACAUGGUGUCAGACUCUAAUCCGUCUGGUAUUAUGCCACCCUCUAUGGGCUGAUGACGGUGUAAUAUUAUUUCAAGUCCAUUGGCAGGCAGUGCAUGCUGGAACAUAGAAACCACCUGGAGAAAAAUAUAUAUAUUCCUCCUUGAUGUCUCUUGAGCCUGCCCUGUACCUCGUAGAUGUGGGUUUCAGUCCCCUCUAAAAUCUCUGUCCUUAGACCAAGAAGUACAAGACAUAUCAAGGAAAUGGAAACAUUGUUCUGUUUAGUACUGUGCUGCUGCCGGUCACUGGGGUCAUAUAUAUUUGAGAGCUGUAUUCCCUCCUGAGUGAGAUGAGUCCCCAUAUCCCGGUAUAAAAGGUUCUCCACAUACUGUAUCCAAUAUGUUGGAAGCUUUCACUCCUGAUCCCUGAAUAAUUCAACUCCAUUGUGUUGUGUGAUGGGCCGGGACGUGGGAAUGAGGGCUCAGAAAUCCACCUCACUCCACCUAUUUACAGCCUUAAACAUUUAUAUUUUUUAUUUUAGCUAUUUUAUUUUUGCUUAGUCUGCUUAUUGGUCUUUCCAUGAUGUCUAGAUGUGCUGUUAAUAGCCCGUAAUUAAUAGUUGUAACAACCCUUGGCUAAAUUAUUCAUAUUUUAUUACACUCAGAAAUAGGUCUCUAAUACUUCAAAAAGAGAAAGGAGGAAUGGUAGUCUGUCAUGGUCUUGAAACUGGAAAUGUACAUUUUUAAUAUUUAAUGGGCUCAUCAGAUGUGCUGUAGACAAGGUUUUGUGCAAAUACAAAAAUCGAAAUGGGGGAGAGAAAGAGGAUAAAAUGUGCGGGGCUCUAAUUUACUCGGCAUUAUAAAUAGGCCUUUACAUCUGGUCUCCUGCAACUUUAAUGACUCCUCUUUCAAGAAUAUAAUUGAACACAUCUCUGCCCGACACAUCGCUUCUUUGAUCCAAGGUCACCUUCCCAGGAUGCUCCAGUCAUGUGGAGCUUUUUAAAAUUUAGUCUGAAAUGUUGAAAAAUGGCAGCUUCGUCGCUCUCUCUGAUGCGGUGGAAUAAACACACUGAUAAUCCCUCUGUGACGGUGACCGUUAACCGGUAGCUCACAGUUAAUUUGAAGGUGUAGGUUUUAGUCAGAGCAUGACUUAAACAUCCAGUCACAGUUGUCUCCAAUACAAUAUUUACACAGUGCCAAGGGUUUAUUGGAAAUAUUGAUAUUUGACUAACUGGAGCGUGAAGUAUUACAUUAUGCAAUUAGAAAACCCCGGCUCUACAUAUGAAUACAGAAGCAGGGUUUUAUAGUGUAAUCAUACAUUCUGAGCUUGGAAGUUGCAUUUGUGCUCUCGCUCAGCAUUCAUUUCUGCCAGGUGACAAAGCCAGUCCCUGCCCAAGGGCGGUGUUAUUGCAAUGAGAUGGUUCAUGAAUACUAAUAAAGAUGCUGUCUUGUCACAUCAAUGUAUGCAUCCAUUGCUGUUUCUUAUUCACCACGUUUCCUUUUUAUGGUGUUCAGUUGUCAAAUGAUCCCUUUGACAUGAAUGAAAUACAUGUUAAAUACUCUCAAAUACACAUGCCUAAUUCAGGACUUUUAUUUGGCUGGAGGUUGCCUUUUAAAAUAUACGGUGUGAUUGUGCUUAUUGGGGAAUAAUACUGUUAUACCUAUCAUUUGAUUCUAGGGGACACACUGCCGUCUGGUACCGGUCGGUCCCAAACCAAACCCUGUCUAGCAGUCUUGCAUGGAGUUAAGUGUCAAUCAGAUUAUUUUCUCAUACUAAGAAAAGUGUGCUCCGUUGUUCUUUGGUUGCAUAUUAUCGCUCUCCUGAUGCAGUGUCUGUUCAUUCAUAGCUUUGUAGAUUUCCUUUGGAUUUGUAUGUAAGUGUAUGCUUCCAUGGUCAUAUGUAAUCAUGUGAUUAAUUUUUUUUUCUCAAAAGAAUUACUUCUACAAAAGACUGUUAAAACUGAACUCAUUUCUUUCUGAAUUUAACUGAUGUAUAUUUUAAAACAAAUUAAAUAUUUUAAACUUAA